GCCACUCUCCAUCGGUAUCUUUGUACUUCGCACCAUAUAUAUCGUCAAUUUACAUGAAUCUUUGAGCAGUUACUCGCGGGCAGAAGCGCAAAUUAUCCUCUCUUACCUUUCCAUUCAUGGCGUUCUCUGUGCACGCGAUUGCUCUCCUGCUCGUAACGUUUUUUCUAAUUUCACCGUCGAAUUCUGCCACCUGUAACUCACAGACCUUCACCAAUAAAAAGCUUUACACUUUCUGUAACGACCUCCCUUCUCUCAAUUCCUUCCUCCACUGGACCUAUGAACCGGCAAAUUCGACACUCUCUGUGGCCUUCAUCGCCCCUCCGGCUAGCCCUGAUGGCUGGAUUUCAUGGGCCAUUAACCCAACGGGUACUGGUAUGGUCGGGGCUCAGGCCCUUAUCGCUUUCAGAAACUCCAAAGGUGCAAUGACCGUCAAGACUUAUAACAUCACGUCGUACGGCCCGGUAAUGGAGUCUAGGGUUUGGUACGAUGUUAAGGAGUCAUCGGCUGAGACCUCAGGAGGUAUGAUCAGAUUGUUCGCCACCUUGGUGCUGCCGGCCAAUGGAAAGACUAUGGUGAACCACGUAUGGCAGGUGGGAUCUUCUGUUACGAAAGGUGUGCCGAAUAAACAUGGGUUUCAGCCGGAGAAUUUGAACUCCAAGGGGAGCCUUGAUUUGUUCGAAGGAAAAAGUGCAGGCAUUGGUGAGUCUCGAUCAAAGAAAAAGAAUAUUCAUGGGAUACUAAAUGCAUUGAGUUGGGGGAUUAUGUUUCCGCUUGGGAUCAUCUUGGCAAGGUACCUAAGGAUGUUUCCAUCUGCCGAUCCUGCUUGGUUUUAUCUUCAUGUUUUCUGCCAAGUAUCUGCCUACGUAAUCGGUGUUGCUGGUUGGGGAACUGGUAUUAAGCUUGGAAGCGAAUCAGAGGGUAUUCAAUAUACUUACCAUCGUAAUAUUGGGAUUUCCCUAUUCGCUCUUGCAACAGUGCAGAUUUUCGCGCUAUUCUUGAGACCGGGAAAGGACCACAAGUAUCGGAUUUUCUGGAACAUAUAUCAUCAUGGAAUUGGCUAUACAAUCCUCGUCCUUGGCAUAAUCAAUGUGUUCAAAGGUUUAGAUAUAUUAAACCCUGAACAGCAAUGGAGAACUGCAUAUACUAUUCUUAUUUUAAUAUUGGGAGGGAAUGCUCUACUGCUGGAGGUGAUUACUUGGAUAAUUGUUGUAAGGAGGAAAUCCAUUAAGUCGAAGAGAACAUACUAUGACCACAGUUCACACGGCAGCCAUGAACCUUUAUAGUUUAUCUCCAUGAUCUGCUCCUAUUACCUACCCGAGAGCUUUGAGCAUUCUAAGAAAAACUUAGGAGUAACACAUUAUUUUCUGGGUGGAAUUGAUACCGACAUAAACAUUCUUCUUAGCAAGAAUUAUUGCUAUCGGCGGGGUAAGGGCAUUGGAUCCAUGUAUAUGAGAAAUAGUAAGAAUUAUUGGCUUCUCUCAAUUUGUAAAUCCAGUUGUACUUGUAUGUAUUCUUGGCCGGGUAAGAGUUGAUGUCCAAUUGCCGGGGGUACGACAUGAUUGUAAGAUUAUAAAUGCUGAGUGAGUAAAUUUGUAUUUACGACAUUCUGAAAAGAAAUAAUGAAUUAUUAAUUUGAGCU